AUGGAGCCCAUCAUGUUGUUGAUCAUGUUACUCCUUUUCAUUUUUGUAUCAACUGCUUUCUGCUUAUUUCGCUUAUCAACAUCACCAAAAGCAAUGGAGGAUAUCCCUGGUAGCUUGGGGUGGCCAGUAAUAGGUGAAAGUUUAUCAUUUCUGUCAGACUUUUCGAGUCCAUCUGGUAUAUGCAGUUUCAUGCACAAGAGACAGCAGAGAUAUGGGAAAGUGUUCAAGAGCUUUGUUUUGGGGAGAUUCACAGUGUUCAUGACUGGCAGAGAAGCAAGCAAGAUCUUGUUGACAGGCAAAGAUGGGAUGGUGAGCUUAAACCUUUUCUACACAGGCCAGCAAGUGUUGGGUCCAAACAGUUUGCUCCAAUCCAAUGGUGAAGCACACAAGAGGCUUAGACGUUUGAUAGCUGAGCCACUCUCCAUUGAUGGUUUGAAAAAAUACUUCCAUUUUAUCAACAGUCAGGCAAUCCAGACACUGAAUCGAUGGUCUGGUCGAAGAGUAUUGGUCCUUGAAGAGGCUUCUUCGUUCACUCUCAAAGUAAUUGGCAACAUGAUAAUGAGCCUUGAACCCAGUGGUGAAGAGCAGGAAAAGUUUAGAUCUAAUUUCAAACUCAUUUCUUCUUCAUUUUCUUCCUUGCCUUUCAAGAUCCCAGGAACUGCUUUUUAUAAUGGUAUCAAGGCCCGGGAUAGUAUGUAUGCCAUGCUAGACGCAAUCAUAGCAAAGAGGAGAAAUGGGGAUGUGAUCCAACAAGAUUUCCUGGAAUCCCUAAUAAUUAAACAUAGCAAGGGAGAAACUACAGUUGAUGACGAAAAUAAACUCACUGAUCAACAGAUGAAGGACAAUAUCUUGACUCUGCUCGUUGCUGGUCACGACACCACGACCGCAGCUCUUACAUGGCUCAUCAAGUUCCUUGGAGAAAACCCUGCAGUUUUGGAAGAGCUUAGAGAGGAACACCUGCAGAUUCAAGCAAAUCGAAAGGACGGAACCGGCCUUACAUGGUCUGAAGUUAAUAACAUGCCUUACACCAACAAAGUUCUUAGUGAAACUCUCAGAAGGGCCACAAUUUUACCUUGGUAUUCAAGGAAAGCUGCCCAGGACUUUGAGAUUGAUGGGUAUAAUAUCGAGAAAGGUUGGUCGAUUAACCUGGACGUCGUUUCGAUCCACCAUGAUCCUGAAACUUUCCCUGACCCUGAAAAGUUUGAUCCUUCCAGAUUUAAUGCAACUUUAAAGACUUUCAGUUAUCUCGGAUUUGGCAGCGGACCAAGAAUGUGCCCUGGCAUGAACCUGGCUAAACUCGAAAUCUGCAUCUUCAUCCAUCACCUGGUCUGCAGAUACAAGUGGAGAGCUCUUGAGAAAGAUGAUUCGGUGCAGGCAACGCUUGUUCGUAUGCCGAAGAACAAGUAUCCGGUUAUGAUCGAACCAAUGUGAAGUUUCACAUACCGAAAUCAAGAAUGAAAAGGAAUAAUGGAAAGCAUGAGGAAUAAAGCAUAUGAUUGCAUGAAUUUAUGUAAAGGAGAUAAAUCCCACACACA